AUGGAUCAAGAAAUCAAAACACCCAGCCCUUCAUUCGAGGCCAGACAAAAAGAUAAUCCAUCUUUCCCCUUUCAUACAUCUUUACGAAGUCAGCGAAGCUCUGGAAGCUUACAGCGAGCCCCGUCGGCACCUUCUUACCCCAGAUCUUACUACAACCCGCAAGGUCAUACCCGAAAACACACCUCACCAAAUCCCGCUUCCAGUAAUUCGUCUCUCGAGCAUCAGUAUUCGAACCCCUCUCCAGUAUUGGCCGCUUCAGAAUUCGUGCUUCAGCCCAUGGGCAUGGGAGAAGCGAAUGAUAAUCGACGUUCCAUUCCAUCGCGACCAAUAAGUGAGAAGAGUUCUGAAGAGUUUGUCGGUGCUCCCUUUGAUAGUUCUGGGUUCUCUGGUUUUAUGAGCAGUAUUGGUGUUGGCUCGCCAAGAGGAGUCAAAAUUUCCGCACCUGAGAAUCCUGUACACGUUACUCAUGUUGGGUACGAUAAUACAACGGGACAGUUCACUGGGCUGCCGAAGGAAUGGCAGCGUAUGAUCAACGAAAGUGGAAUCACGAAAAAGGAACAAGAGCAACAUCCGCAAACAAUUGUCGACAUCGUGGGUUUCUACAAGGAGAAUACGGAUAAAGGCGGCGAAGAGAUAUUUGACAAAUUCGAUCAUGCAAAAGUGCCAGAGAUUGCGAUGGCGCGUCCUGUGCCGCCGCCAUUGUCCCCGGGCUUCAGCACCCCGAAUUAUGGCUCAAUGACCCCGAUGAUGAGUCCUCCAGCGAGUCCUCGAUUCCCUGCAAAUAACGAGUCGAAUUUCGAGAAUCCAAGAUCACCGCCGCCUAUCCCGCGCGGAACACCAAGUAUGGGUUCUCAAUCCAAGCCUGAGCUCAACGGAAUCAUACCCAACAGACCAGCACCUAGGCCACCCGUAUCGAUGCAAGGACCGUCUCGAAUUGCACCUCCACCAUCUGCCGCUGGCAAAGAUUCUGGAAUUGGAAUGACUCGUCAGAGUGAUGAUUUACCGGCAUUGGCAUACGUCCCCCCGACUGUGCAGGACAAUGGUCCUAUGCUCCCGGAGGAACACAGGUCAAGGUCAAGAUCGAAUUCAAAAGUCAAUGGCACAUCGCCAUAUGCAACACCAGUGCCAGCAUCCCCACAAGUCUAUCAACAACAAAUUUUGCAUCACCAGGAGCAAGCAAUGCAGCAGGCCCAACAGGCAAUGAGUCGGUCAAUCAGCGUUAAGAAGCCCACUCAACAAGCUACUCCACCAACACCUCAAGGUCAAUUCUCGGCGAAUGGUCUUCCACACCCGGCCCAACAACCUAGACAAGUACCAGGCCCGCGUCCUAGACAAAGAACGCGACAAAGCACUGGUUUUGAUAUAGUUGCAAGGUUGAAGCAAAUUUGCACAGAGGGUGAUCCUCGAGACAUUUACAAAGAGCUCACUAAGAUUGGUCAAGGUGCAUCUGGUGGUGUCUAUACUGGUUAUGAGAGGGGGACAAACCGAUUGGUUGCCAUUAAACAAAUGAAUCUCGAACAACAGCCAAAGAAAGAUUUAAUCAUUAAUGAAAUUCUUGUCAUGAAAGACAGUUCCCACCCGAAUAUAGUCAACUUUAUUGAUAGUUUCUUAGUUACUGGGGAACUUUGGGUUAUUAUGGAAUAUAUGGAGGGUGGAAGUUUGACGGAUGUUGUCACGUUCAAUAUCAUGUCUGAGGGUCAAAUUGCAGCUGUUUGCCGGGAGACUCUGAAGGGUUUACAACAUUUACACUCCAAGGGAGUUAUUCAUCGUGAUAUCAAGUCGGAUAAUAUCCUGUUGUCAAUGGAUGGAAACAUCAAAUUGACCGAUUUCGGCUUCUGCGCCCAAAUUAACGAAGCUCAUAACAAACGUACUACCAUGGUUGGUACACCUUACUGGAUGGCACCUGAGGUUGUCACACGCAAAGAAUAUGGACGCAAGGUUGAUAUUUGGUCUCUUGGUAUCAUGGCCAUUGAAAUGAUUGAAGGAGAGCCGCCCUACCUCACGGAAUCGCCCUUGAGAGCUCUAUACCUGAUCGCAACAAAUGGCACUCCUGCUAUCAAGAAUGAACAGGAUUUGAGUCCUGUCUUCCGAGAUUUCCUCUACUUUGCGCUCAAGGUCGACCCAGAAAAGCGAGCUAGUGCUCAUGAUUUAUUAAGACAUGAUUUCAUGAAACAAUGCACAGAACUCGUACAAUUAGCACCCUUGGUACGAUCUGCACGCAAUGCCCGAGCGCAGGAAAAGGCCCAGAAGGCACUAUCAUGA